UCUCAAGUUUCACAUAAAUUGAACGACACCGUUGUAAAAAAUCGUCACAACAUAAUAAACUCUUCUAGUCUUCUAGUCUUCUUUGCUUAGCGGCUCGGAAAAUCUCUCACCUUUCUACACUCUUCCGAAAACACCACCAUCUUUUCUCCUCAACCAUCCGCAAUGUCAGAGCACCAGUCCGAAGAAUUCCAGCAAAUCGAGAAGCUCUACGAGUUCAGCGAGCGCCUCAACGCGUCCAAGGACAAGUUUCAGAAUGUGGAGGAGUAUGAGGGGAUUAUCAAGAUGUCCAAGACGAGUAUGAAGGCCAAGCAGCUUGCCUCGCAGCUCAUUCCACGCUACUUCAACUUCUUCCCUACCCUCUCCACUCAUGCUUUCCAUGCUCAUGUCGACUGUAUCGAAGAUGGCGAUCUUGGGGUACGGGUUCAAGCCAUCCGCGGGCUUCCACUGUUCUGCAAGGAUUCUCCAGAUAUUAUCUCUAAGAUUGUUGAUGUUCUUGUGCAACUUCUUAAUACUGAGGAACCUGUGGAGCGUGAUGCUGUGCAUAAGGCUCUGAUGUCACUCAUUCGACAGGAUCCUAAAGCAUCUUUGACUGCAUUGUUUAGGCAUGCUGGAGUUACUCCAACCACAGACGAUCAAAUUCGUGAAAAGGUUUUGAAUUUCAUCAGAGACAAGGUGUUUCCUAUUAAAGCAGAACUCUUAAAGCCGCAAGAGGAAAUGGAGAGGCAUAUAACAGAUUUGAUUAAACAGAGUCUAGAAGAUGUAACUGGAGGAGAAUUCAAAAUGUUUAUGGAUUUCCUGACGAGUCUGAGUAUAUUCGGAUGGAAAGCUCCUCAAGAAAGAAUGCAAGAACUUGUUGAAAUCAUCGAAGGACAGGCAGAUUUAAAUGCUCAAUUCGAUAUAUCAGAUACAGACCAUAUUGACAGGUUUAUAUCAUGCCUGCUAUUGGCUCUUCCAUUUUUCGCGAGAGGUGCUCCAACCAGCAGGUUUCUCAACUAUUUGAACAAUCAUAUCAUACCUGUUUUUGACAAGCUCCCAGAAGAGAGGAAGCUUGAUUUGCUCAAAGCUCUAGCUGAUACUGUUGUUAAAAAAUUGAUAUUGACCACCGUUGAAGAUCUAACCAAGACAACAAUGAAGAAACUAACUCAGGGAAUGUCUGAGCAUAACAAAGCCAUGUCGGCUGCUAAGACAGAUGAAGAGAAGGCAAGCGUUAAAACAAAGAAGCAGAAUACUACAACUGGACUUAGGACCUGUAAUAACAUAUUGGCAAUGACAAAGCAACUGCAUGCAAAAGUGCCUUCAUUUAUCGGGAAUACUAAUAUCAACCUCUCUUGGAAAGAAGCCACAAAGCCGUUAGCCUCAGCAACAACAACAACAACAAGAACAAUCGGAGGAAAAAGGCCUGCUAAUAGCAACAAUGGAAGUGGUAACAAUGGCGCAGCAAAGAAGAGACGUGGUUCGAGUGGUAUGCCAAACCAGCUUGUGAACAAGGCUUUUGAGGGAAUAUCAUCUCACGGUGGUGGUGGUUGGUGGUGGUAACCGAAGUCAGGGAAGACGCCGAGGUGGUCGGAAGAGGUCGUUGGUAAUGAUAAGCUUCCAUGAGAUCUCCAUGACUAUGUUUUGGGUUUGGUACUUGCUAGAGUUGACUUUAGGGACAAAUCGUAUGUCUUUCCUUAUUCACGAUGGAGAAUGCUAAAUUAGAUUGUCCUUUUCUCAUUAAAUCAAAGAAAAAGUUCAAACA